AUGGAUAUCGAUAACGAUGUAUCUACGCUUUUGGCGACCAUCAGGCUGGAAACCGAGUCGCCUGAAUUAAUCAAUGUUUUGUAUCAAUUGGAAGAUUUCUACGAACGUAAGUUAUGGCAUCAAUUGACCUUAUCAUUAGAUGAAUUCUAUGCCUUGGACGAAUCCCAGCCAUUCAGAAAUAAGAUCUAUGUCUUAUUCAUAUCAAAGUUUGCGUCAAAUUUGAAUCCUUUGAAGGUUGUUGAUUUUGUAUUAUUGAGUUUUGAUUCGAAACAAUCUCAUGAGAUCGCUACUAGCUUACUAACUUUACAAAGUGAGUUUGAAAAGAGUCACAAUGAAGGAGGAUUUGCUAGAGUGUAUUUGAGUUUGCAAUUAGCUCGGUUCUAUAUGUUACUGGGAGAAGUUUCUAAGGCCGAAGAUAGUUUAGAGGAAUUGGCUAAGAAUUAUGAUAUUGAGAAUAGCGAUUACUCUCCAAAGAUUAAGGCCGCAUACUACUUAACCAAUUGUCAGUUAUACAAGAUUAAACGUAAUUACAAUGACUUUUACCGUAAUGGGUUAUUAUAUUUAUCAUCAAUCGAAGGGAAGCUUCCUACUGGACAACAAGUGGAGCUCUGUUAUGAUUUAUGUACAGCAGCAUUAUUGGGAGAUAAAAUCUAUAAUUUUGGUGAAUUGAUUCUCCAUGAUAUUUUAAAUGUAUUGAAAGAUAAUGAAUAUUCAUGGUUGUAUCAAAUGGUAUUCUAUUUGAAUGCUGGUAAUUUGAAGGAAUUCGAUUCUCUUUUGGCUACUGCUUAUGAAAAGCAUCCUCAGUUACAACUAUCAGAUAAUUUCUUGCGGCAAAAAAUUCGGAUCAUGGCUUUGUUGGAGUUAGUCUCUUUAAGUCCUACUACAGAUAAGACUUUGAAGUUUGGAGAUAUUUCCAGAUUCACUGGUACUCCAAUUGAUGAAGUUGAAUUAUUGAUUAUAAAAUGUUUUUCUUUGAACUUAAUCAAGGGACAAAUUGACCAAAUCAACCAAGUUUUAGUUGCGUCGUGGUUGCAACCCCGUAUUUUGAAUUUAGAUCAAGUGAAGGUUUUAUUGGAUCAUUUAAAGACAUGGGAUGAUCUGGUUAAUCACUUGGCGCAGAAUAUGCACAAGAAUGGCGGUAUUGUUUGGGCUGAAUUGUAA